AUGCAGUAUACCUGGAAAUCAGGCCUCCUCCUGACCCUUACAACCCUCCUCCUCGCCCUCACUUUCACCCCCACCACAACCUUCACCGACGCCCAAUCCCCUCAAUGCCACACCUGCAUCGUCCAAACCAUCCCCCGCAUCACAAACUGCACCACCCUCCCCCAAACCUCCCACACUACCCUCAUCAAACUCAUCCACGGCGAUGAGCUCUUCAACGUCACCUCCGAUUUCCGUAAAGGCGACCCACCCGCAUUCGAGUGUUUAGUCUCGUUGAUGUGGAACGUGGUGCAUUACAAGGAUACGCUUUGGAGUGCUUGUUUGCAACCCAACAAGGCUUGUGUUUGGGCCGAGAUGAUGCAGUAUUUGCAGAUUGUUACUAAAGUUGCAUCGAUUUAUGGCAUGACGACUCCUCCUGCCGCCGUUCUCAUUGACGCCCCAAAAUAA